AUGACAAAGAGUUAUAGGCCCUUAUUGUUUGUGACACUCGUCUUCACCACCACUGCAUUGCUGUUGCUAUCACGGAACUCGCCCAAGACGAAGACGCAAUCAUCGAGCCUGGGGUACUACUCUCGCGCCAACGUAAAUGACGAUUCGUGCAGGAGCAGGGCCGAAUACACUUCAUACACUCGACACAAGUUUCCCAGCUUCCGCGCUUCACAGCCCCUCCACAAGAAGAUCCUCGAGUACGAGGCCCUGCACGCGAGGUGCGCGCCCGAUUCCAAGGAUCCGCACAAAUCCUGCAGCUCCAGCUGCAAGUUCCUCGUCUUCGUCCCUGGCGACCAGGGAAUCGGCAACAAGAUGAUCACCCUCGUCUCGACUUUCCUCUACGCGCUGCUCACCGACAGGGUGCUGCUCAUCGCGAGGAAGCAGAACAUCGACACGCUCUUCUGCGAGCCGUUUCCAUCCAGCUCCUGGCUGCUGCCUCCGAGCUGGAAGCACCUCGCAGAGUCCGUGCCGCACAACGACUCCAUCCGGAUUGGAAGCCUGGUGGGAUCCCUCAACUGCAGCCUUGACGUGAUGUUCCCAGAGGUCGUCUUUGCCGAUCUCUACAACAUCUACAAGGACGAGGACAAGUCCUUCUUCUGCGGGGAGCACCAGCGCGCGCUUCGCACCGACACGCGAUGGAUCGUUCUCUCGUCCGACCAGUACUUUGCCACGGCGCUCUUCAUCGUUCCGGCUUUCAGGGCCAAGCUCCAGGAGUGGUUUCCACAGCAGGAGGCCGUCUUCCAUCUCCUGGUGAGGUAUCUCCUGUACCCCGUGGAAUCGGUGUGGGACAUGACUAGGAGAUACUACGAUGCGUAUCUAGCGGAGGCCGAGCAUCUACUUGGAGUCCAGCUGCGAACUCACAUCUGGUUCUCGCCGCCCAAUCUCGCAGAGGAUGCCUUCGACUGCCUGGUGCAACAGAAAAUACUUCCCAAGAUCACCAGGGAACCCGCCAAGGAACAAGCUCUUGAAGCGAAAUCCUCCAAGAAGAAGAGGCUGCUUGUGCUCAUGGCAUCGCUCAAUCCACAGUACUCAGAGGCCCUCAGAGCGAAGAUGCUGAGUUACGAUCUCUCCGAUGGGACAAUAGUUACCUUCCAUCAGCCUAGCGGCGAGGGGGAGCAGCACACUGGGAACUGGGAUCACGACGCGAAAGCGGUAAUGGAGAUCUAUUUGCUGUCGAUGAGCGAUGUCUUGCUGACGAGCCCGCCGUCAACGUUUGGAUACGCUGCGGCGGGGCUUGCGGGCGUGCGGCCCCUGCAAUUUGUGUGUGACAAGGAGAAGAGCUUGGGUUGCUUGCCGAGGGAGACAAUGGAGCCGUGCUACCACAGGUACCCAGAUCAGUUCAUGCUGGCAAACAUCGAGAAAUGCGAGUGCGAGCUGGGAUACAGGCUAUCGUGA